GAACGGGCUGAGCACGUUUUUAGUAGUUCUGCUGCCACUUUCGUUUGGAAAAAAUUGUGAAGAGGAUCAAAAGUUAAAAUUGGAAGAUCCUGUAGCGAUUAGAGAUGGGGGUUUGCUGAACAAAGAUGCAGUUUACGCAAGAGACGAAUUCUGGAAGGAGGGCCAAGACUUUUACAUCUGCCAAUGCGACAUUAAGCCUUGCAUUAGACUUUGCAAUUCAGCAAUAGUUAAGAGCUUAAAUUUCACCAUCAAUGAUGCAACGCUGCCCGAGAAUAAAUACCAAAUCGACAUAGUUCAUAACAUAAGUUUAAAUAAAACAGUAGAUUUGAACGAGCAUUUCUAUGUCAUUAAGGAAGACAAAUGUGAAGCAAAUGGAUCUAUUCAUUUCAUCAACAAGGGUGAUGGACAAAAUUCUAUUCUUCAUCACCAGGAAUUCUGCAUACUUUUUGAUGAAAAUGGCACACUUCAAGUUUUCGAAUGCGUUGACCUUGCGUCGGACGAAAUACAAUUUCAAGUCUAUGUUUACCCGAUCUUCAUGGUCAUGUCCAUCAUUUCCCUUUUCCUCACUUUGCUCGCAUUUAUCUUAACGCCGGAGAUGAAAACCUUACACGGAAAAAGUGUUGCGUGCGAGUCAUUUACACUGAUGAUGGCUUUUGUAGGCCUCACUGUGACUCAUUUGUCAGGCACUGACAGUGCCAUUAUAGUUUGCAAAAUUUUUGCUUACAUUGGGUUCACCUUCCUUCUCAGCUCAUUCUUUUGGCUAAACACAAUGUGCUUUGACAUUUUUUGGACUUUUGGAAAUUUUGCAACAAUGACUGGGUCAUUACAGCAGACGCAUGAAAAGAAGUUUCGAAUGUAUGCCCUUUACUCGACGCUUUAUCCCUUGAUAAACUUGGUCAUCGUUGUAAUAUUUGAUUUCACUCUCACUGAAGACUCAUUUUUGUGGCCCGGAAUUGGCCAUGGCAAAUGCUGGUUUCGAUCGCACACUCUGGAUUUUUUGUACUACCAGGGACCGGCCAUGAUUCUGCUCGUUCUGAACAUAACUUUCUUCUUCAUAACCCUGAUUAAAAUAAAUAAGAUGAAGAGUGAGGCGCGAAUUCUAAAAAAAGGCGAAAGUAUGACGCACGGAGGAAAUGGUGGUUGCGCGUGGGACGACAAACAGAGGUUUGCCUUGUACGUGAAGAUGUUUUUGCUGAUGGGUGGUUUGUGGAUAAUGGAAACGAUUUCAUGGGCGGCCGAGAGUAAGCCAAAGUGGCUGUGGGUGCCGUUCGACAUCUUCAAUAGUUCUAGAGGUGUUUUCAUUUUUCUCUUCUGUGUCGCCUGUAACCUUAAAGUUCGGAACUCGCUGAUGAGCCGUUUUAAGCCACAAAAUGUUCAUCCUGAAAGGCCAGAAAUCAGCUGCACUGCUCAGAAACGGUCCUGCCAAAUAAACAAGACGUCUGAAGUGUCUAUCACAUGCGGCGAAACACUUGCUACGAAACCGCUUCAUAAUAAUCAUAAUUUUAAAUGGGCUGAAACAUCUGUUUAAUUGAUAUAAUUAUAUUGUUACAUUUUUAUGACUUGUACAUAAAAUAUAACAUUUUUGUCGCAAACAACAUAGAAAAUAAAAAUCAAGUGAAAAUAAAUUUAAUACCAAAAUAAAAUAAAUAAUAUCUUUACAGAAAUUUUAUGCCUGAGCAGGAUAUUGAAAAAUUAAAAGAAUAUAAGCCCUUAAAUAAAAAAUAAU